AUGUUCCUCCUACGCGCCCUCUUCGGCCUCUUGUCGCUCCUUUUGCUGUCGUCGAAUGUCAAUGCCGACGCUGCCGACUAUCACGAGCGUCUCUUGCUACGCCCGCUCCCGCAGAACCAGCUCCUAGCCUCCUUCAACUUCCGCAGCAACGCCUCCGCUUCAUCUUUCGAGCACCAGAACUUCCGCUACUUCCCUCGCUCGCUGGGCCAGAUCCUGCAGCAUGCUCACACCAAGGAACUGCACCUCCGCUUCAGCUUAGGCCGCUGGGAUGCCGAACAGUGGGGAGCUCGGCCGUGGAAUGGAGCGCGCGAGGGCGGAACGGGCGUUGAACUGUGGGCUUGGGUAGAUGCCGAGACUGAAGAACAAGCGAAUGCGCGCUGGCUGACGCUGGCCAACGCUCUGUCCGGCCUCUUCUGCGCCUCUGUAAACUUCAUAGACGCCACCAAGACUAUUCGUCCUGUCAAGUCUUUCCCUCCGGAGCGCUAUCCACCGGCUGAAUCUCUCGAAAACCUUCACCUACUCCACGGCACCCUCCCGCACGAGGUAGUCUGCACCGAGAACUUGACACCUUUCCUGAAACUGCUGCCGUGCAAGGGAAAGUCUGGAGUCUCCAGUCUUUUGGAUGGCCACAAGCUCUUUGAUGCGUCCUGGCAGACCAUGUCUAUCGAUGUGCGUCCUGUCUGCCCCGACGAUGGCAGUGAGUGCGUCCUGCAAAUGGAGCAGGUCGUGGACAUGGUUUUGGACAUUGAUAGGUCGAAACGCCCGAGAGACAACCCCAUCCCGAGGCCUAAGCCCAUUGAGGAGAUUCCAUGUGACCAAUCCAAGCCCUAUCCUCAGCAUGACUCUUGCUUUCCGAUGGAGGCCACUUCUGAGCCAGCAUGGAGCUUGAACGAGGUUUUUGGACGGCCGAUAAAAGGCGCAUGUCCUUUGACCGCUGAGGGGCCUGCUUCCGAGACUGUCUGCAUCAACGUUCAGCCGGAGCGUGAGAUCAAGAUUGAGACAUCUGCAAAGUACCGAGAAGCCAAGUAUGAAGACGGCCUAUUGAGGUGCUACGAGCUUCCCACCGGUGCGGACUUCGACUUGGUGCUUCCUGAACAAACCGUGGAAUCCACCAUUCCUCUCGCUCAGCCUCCCUUGUAUGCGGCUCGCUCAAUCACGGGUUACGGCCAGGAGCGUGGUGGUCUCCAAUCUGUCUUGACGAACCCCUCCGAGACUUCAUCCGUCGAUCUGAUCUAUCUCGAAUCACUGCCAUGGUUCAUGAGAACCUAUGUGCACACUCUUCGCGCGUUCGUUACUUCUGGAGACUCCAAGGUGGAGUGCCCGGAGUGCAUUAAAGAGAUCUUCUACAGACCAGCCGUGGACCGAAGUCGAGGAACGCACCUUGAGCUGAUGCUCACGGUUCCCGCGAACUCGACAUUGACUUUGACGUAUGAUUUUGAAAAAGCAAUUCUACGCUACACAGAAUACCCGCCCGAUGCGAACCGUGGGUUUGACGUGGCGCCAGCCGUCAUCCGCCUCCUCGAUCAUGCAGCAGAUUCAAAUUCGAGGGGUGUUUACCUUCGCACAACGAGUCUACUGCUUCCGCUGCCGACUCCAGAUUUCAGUAUGCCAUACAACGUCAUCAUUCUCACUAGUACGGUUAUGGCUUUAGGUUUCGGUAGCGUGUUCAACAUCCUUGUCAGGAGAUUCGUCGGAGCGCACGAGGUAGCCGCUUGGCAAGGCGGUGGGCUGAAGAGUGUUAUCGCUGGUAAAGUCCAGCGUCUAAAGGCAAAGUUCCAACCAAAGGGCUCCAAGGCAGAGUAG